UUAAUGCUCUGAGAAAAUAGACACAUCUCUCUGACAGAAUGCUGGAAAUGCUUGAGUACAGUCAUUACCAGGUUCAAAGCCAUCUUGAGAGCCCGUCCAAGUACCACCUCCAGCAGUCUCAGCGGCAGCAGGUGAAGCAGUACCUCAGCUCCACUCUGGGUGCCAAGCUUGGAGGGCCGAACGGCAGCGGCCCAGCUUGCGCCAGCCAGACCCCGGAGCACGGGAUGCCCCCGGGCCCAGGCACCAGCGCUCCCAACAGCCCCAUGGCCCUCCUGACCUUAAACUCCAACUGCGAGAAGGAGAUGGACGAUGUAAUUGAAGACAUUAUUAGCCUGGAGUCAAGCUAUAAUGAUGACAUCCUUGGCCUUAUGGAUGCCGGUCUUCAGAUGACCAACACGAUUCCGGUGUCUGCUAAUCUCCUGGACAUGUAUAACAACCAUGCCAUUUCUCCACCCGGUGUGGCCAUCAGUAACUCCUGCCCGGCCAGUCUACCAAACGUCAAAAGGGAAUUCUCUGUGGCGCCUGCUGCGGGAAUGAUGCACAUUCUGGACAAACCUGGAUCCUGUGGCAAGUUUGAAAGCUUUCAAAGGCAAGAAGGUUUUCCAGUAGAAGCUGAGGUCAGGGCUCUUGCCAAGGAGAGACAAAAGAAGGAUAACCACAAUUUAAUUGAACGAAGGAGAAGGUUCAACAUCAAUGAUCGCAUCAAAGAACUGGGAACUUUAAUCCCCAAGUCAAAUGAUCCUGACAUGAGAUGGAACAAAGGCACCAUUUUGAAGGCUUCUGUGGACUACAUCCGGAAGCUUCAGCGUGAGCAGCAGCGUGCCAAGGAGCUGGAGACCAGGCAAAAGAGGCUGGAGCAUGCCAAUCGACACCUGAUGCUGCGCAUCCAGGAGCUGGAGAUGCAGGCUCGGGCCCACGGUCUGGCCGUGGUGGCCUCCUCCACCCUCUGCUCCUCUGAGCUGGUGGCGCGGGCCAUCAAACAGGAGCCCGGCCUGGACGACUGCGCCGCGGCCAACCUCUACGCCACUCAGCCGCACUCCUCCCCUGACCUGUCCCGGCCCACCACCCUGGACCUGAACAACGGCACCAUCAGCUACAGCGACAGCCACUGCGACGUGGACGACGACUCUGAGGCCUAUGGCAGUCCACCCAGGGUCUCGGGCAAGCUGGAGGACAUUUUCAUGGACAACGGCCUGUCGUCAGUGACCUCUAGCGAUCCCCUGCUCUCCUCCAUCUCCCCCGGGGCGUCCAACAGCAGUGGCAGUCGCCGUAGCAGCACCAGUAUGGAGGAAAAUGAGAACGGGCACGUGUGUUAGCGGGGGUGAACCCCCCCCCCCCCCCUCUCUCUUGAGGUGAUGAGGCUAAUCUCCGAGCUGAGGUGUGUUUAAAAAUCGCAAACAAAAGCAAAUUUUUGCAACAUGGACAUUUGCAAACAGUUUUUCAUGUUUUCAGUUUGCUGCAAACAUUCGUUUGUAAACACUCGCAAAUGGCCUAAGGAGGUAGUCCUUUAAGAACAUACAUGGACAUUGCGUGAAAGGUUAGAGUUGAAAUUUAGAAUGUUUACACAGAAACUAAAAUUUAACUGUUCCAAGAAAACAUACUGUAUGUUCACCACAAACGCUUGUCUCUGUUCAAAGAAUUUCAACUCACCCCUAAGGUCAGCACUCAUA